AUGGAACGAUGGCCGCCGGACCUCCUCCAUGUUGGCUUCUACCAGCGCGCCCUUCCUCAUCCUCGUCGUUCAUCACCUGGCUGCCGGAGUCGCAAGAGAACGCCAAGCCCCACCAUGGUCGCCAGGGCCUUCCCCGACCUCGAUCCGCCAAGUCCGCCGGCGGGAACAGCCUUCACCGCUCGGAUCCGUCGAUCCCUCGACCUGCCGCCUCGGAUCCCGGCGACCCCAGUUCGCCGUUGCCGCGCCGAGACCUGA